AUGCCCUUCGGCAUCAACAACCCGUUUCCCACCUCUCUCCACAGCGAGUGCAAGAAGGCUGGCAAGCUCACGCGCGUGCAACAGGGUCUCGCAAUUAUCACAGUCCUCAAAGCCGGCUUCCUUGGCUCAGGUCGUUUUGGUUCCGGCCUCGUCGUUGCGCGCUUGUCCGAUGGCUCAUGGUCGGCUCCAUCGGCGAUAAUGACUGGCGGCGCCGGUUUCGGCGGACAGAUCGGCUUCGAAUUGACUGACUUUGUGUUCAUCCUGAACGAUAUGGCCGCAGUGCGAACAUUCUCCCAGAAAGGCUCUCUCACUCUAGGCGGUAACGUGUCGAUAGCGGCAGGGCCGGUGGGACGAAACGCGGAAGCUGCAGGUGCAGCAAGUCUAAAGGGUGUCGCGGCCGUCUUUUCUUACAGCAAGACAAAAGGGCUUUUCGCCGGGGUGAGCUUGGAAGGAAGUGGUAUCUUCGAGCGCCGAGACGCAAACGAGAAGCUAUACAACAGCAGAAUCACAGCCCGCCAACUCCUUGAAGGCGGUGUUCGUCCUCCACCCGCAGCUGAUCCAUUGAUGCGGGUCCUUAAUUCAAGAGUCUUCGCAGGCGUAGCUUCCUCGAGUAAUGAGAUAUACAAUGAUGUUCCGAUAUAUGAUUCGUCUCACGACGAUGUUGUGUGGGAAGGACGAAAGGGUAACGGCUACAAUGAGGGCAUUCGAACAGAUCGUACCGGCUCGUCUACUGGGGGCGGUGCAGGUGACUACGAAUAUCACGAUGCACCGCGCCGUGCGAACACAUGGGCAGACGAUGUCUAUGAUAGACAGCCUGCAGCACUAGACUCGAGAUCGAGAACGAAUACAGUCAGCAGCUUCAAUAGCUCUCCGAAGCCCAAUAGACCGACAGCGCCAAAACCGAAUUUCAAACCGAAGCCAGCAGCAGGGUCGAUAGGAAAAGAUCAAGCCGUUGCAUUGUAUACCUUUGACGCUGACCAACCUGGCGAUCUCGGUUUCAAAAAGGGGGAAAUCAUCACUAUUACCAAAAGGACUGAGAAUGCAAGCGAUUGGUGGACAGGCAAAGUUGGGGAGCGAUCUGGCGUAUUCCCUAGGUAA